AUGCGGUCUUACAAAUCGCAUAAUAAUGAUGAGAAUCUUAAUCAACAACUAAAAGGGAAAUAUCUGAACCCUCUAGAUCCAUCUUUACCUAAUUCUAAGGCAACGAAUAUAUCGAGAUCUCAUCUACCUUUGAGCCAGCAACAUCCAAGAGAAGCAUUGAGCGAUGUAACGGCGCAGACAAAUUACAAGUCGCGGUUUAAGAGCCUGUCUGUGUCAUCAUACCAUCACCAGCAGCAACACCUGCUGCAGCACUCUCAUCAUAGCAGCGGUAGUAGUAGCGGCAGUAUCAGCCAUGGAAUAACAAAUGCCAAAUUAACUCAGUCCAAGAUACAGUACUAUAAUGAGACAAUGCAGUAUAAUAUUCAUCAGUACAAGAAACCAAGAUUGGAAAAAGUGCUGGGGAUAGAGGAUGAGGAGUCAACCGAUGAAGAGAGUAAAACUCAAAGAAACUACAGUGGCGAUGAUGAAGACAAAGAGAAUGUAAGUCAAAAAUUGUCUCAUGAUGGACUCCUACAGUUGCAGCAGCAGCAGCAACAACAACAGGACUAUUCGAUGCAUUUUACAGAAGAGAUUUAUGAAGAUGAAAAUGAACCUUUAGUACGAAGUAGUAAAAAUAUUGACAGGAUAGAUAAUGAGAAUUAUGAAAUAGUAGAAGAAGCAGAAGAAGAAGAGGAAGAAGAGGUCGGUGAUAGUGAUGAUGGCGGUGACGGUGACGGUGGUCGUCGUCGUCGUCGUUGCGAAGAAGAAGAAGAAGAAGAAGAAGAAGAAGAUGAUGAUGAUGAAGAUGAUAUCAAUAAUAAUAAUAAUAAUAAUAAUGAGGAGGAUGAGUAUAUCGACGAAACUACCAUCAAACAAGAUAUCCCUACUUCUUCAGGUAUUACUCAUCAACCACGGUUGUCCCGCGCCUCUAACAAGCACCAACCAAUGAAACCUGUGUGGACACCUCAAAUCAUUAGUGAAAUGAAAUAUAUUAUUGCCAAAUACUCGAGAGACACUUUGGAUCCUAAUGACGAAGAUACUUAUGAUGCAAGCAUGGUUGCCGAAUACGCACCUGAAAUAUUCAACUAUAUGCGUAAAUUGGAAAUCAAAUAUACACCAAAUGCAAACUAUAUGGAUAUUCAAACCGAACUAAGAUGGGAAAUGAGAGCUGUGCUAAUCGAUUGGGUUGUUCAGGUACAUAGUAAAUUCAACUUACUAGCAGAGACUCUUUUCCUCACAGUUAACUAUAUUGACCGGUUUCUUUCCAAAAAAAAAGUGUCAUUGUCAAGGUUUCAAUUAGUUGGAGCAGUGGCAUUUUUCAUUGCAGCUAAAUAUGAAGAGAUAAAUUGCCCCACAAUACAAGAAGUUGCAUUCAUGGCCGAUAACGCUUACACGAUUGAUGAAUUUUUAAAAGCCGAACGAUUUAUGAUUGAUGUACUAGAAUUCGAUAUGGGAUGGCCUGGUCCGAUGUCGUUUUUAAGGAGAACUUCAAAAGCCGAUGAUUACGAUUACCAGACUCGUACAUUGGCUAAAUAUUUCCUUGAAAUAACUAUAAUGGACUCGAGAUUCGUAGCACUGCCUCCAAGCUGGCUAGCGGCGGGUGCUCAUUAUAUUUCAAGAUUCUUACUAAAUAGAGGAGAAUGGACCGAGUUGCACGUCUUCUACAGCGGAUACACUGAAAAACAAUUGAGACCUUUAGCAGAACAAUUAUUGGAAAAUUGCAAGUACCCAGAAAAAAACCAUAAAGCAAUAUUUGAAAAGUACCAAGAAAGGAGAUUCAGAAGAAGUUCAAUAUUUGUUGAAGAGUAUCUUGAAAGUUUGCGUUGA